AGUACAUCCAACUCUAAAGCUUUAUAUCUACAUUCCAUUCAAUCUCCAUUUCCUCAAACAUAUUCUCCUUGAAAAAGCAAAAGACAAAAGACAAAAUCAAAAUGUAUGGUGGAUUCAACUGUGGAGCUGGAUCAGCCUUUGCUGAAGCUCUUAAGGUCAAUGUGUAUGGCAAUGGCACCGAGACGCUCGUGUUGGCGCACGGGUUUGGCUCGGAUCAAAGCGCUUGGCACUACAUGAUUCCCUAUCUUGCUUGCUUCUUCAAAGUGGUGGUUUUUGACUUGGUUUUUUCUCCAAAUGUGAAGCUUGAGCUUUAUGAUGAGAGGAAGUACUCAAGUUUUGAUGGAUAUGCCAAAGAUUUGGUGUGUGUUCUUGAUCAUCUCCAUGUUAAGAGAACUAUUUAUGUCGGACAUUCCAUGUCUGCUAUGGUUGGAUGUGUUGCUGCAACCUAUAGGCCUCAACUCUUUCACCAUCUUAUAUUGUUGAAUGCCUCACCAAGGUAUCUCAAUGCUGAAGGAUAUUUUGGGGGAUUUAAAAGGCCACAAGUUGAUGAAAUUUUCAAACAAAUGGAUAAUAACUUCACAAAAUGGGUCAAAGAAUUUGCUCCAUUUGCAGUGAGAGUAAAUGAUUCUAAAGCAAUGGCAGAGUUUGAGCAUUCUUUGGGAAGAAUGAACCCAAAAAUUGCUCUUAAUGUUGCAAAAAUGGUGUUUUUAAGUGACUUAAGAAAGCUUCUACCAAAAGUAAGGACUCCCACAUCCAUUAUUCUUACAGAAAAGGACAAUAUUGUCCCAAAAUCAGUUGCAUUUUUCAUGAAAUCAAAUAUGGGUGGCAAUUCAAAUGUGAAAAUAUUGAAAUCUGAAGGCCAUUUCCCUCAACUAACAGCUUAUCCUCAGCUUUUGAAAGUUCUGAGUAAAGUUCUUAAACUCAAGGAGUACAAGAAUUAUUCUCGAGACGAGACAACGGAUUGAGCUCGUUAUCGUUCGUGAUAUCAAUAAUCGACCGAACAGGGGAUCUCACUUGAAAAUUCAGUUGAAUUUCUAUCAUAUGUGUGUUUGUUGUUUGAAGAGAAUUAUUAAAUUGAUCAAGUUAUCUUUGGUUUUUCAUUAAAUUUAUUUUCAUGUUGGUUGUGUAAUGUAAACAUCAUUAUGUUUGACCAUAGCUUUCUUGGACUCUCAGCUAUAUAUUUAUUACAAAAAGAGAUGUCUAAAAAAGGGGAUGAAUUGAAUGUAUUAUUUUAAAAUGCUUUAGUCAAUAUAAUUUGAAAUCA